CCGAAGUUGGAGAAUAGGGUGCGCUCGCUUUGCCGCCUUUUACCGCACGCCACAGCUUUUACCAUCUGUCUGUAUGCGCUGCCAUGACCGCUUUUACCCCCUGUGAAGGAACAACUGUCAUACAAAUGUUUAAAAAGCUGUAGCUGUCUUUUUGUGUGUGAUUAAAGUGAGGGAGGGGACGUCAAGGCACGUCGCGACAUACCGACUGAGGGGAGCGGAGCAGAGCAGCACAUUAAACCAAAAUGGCAACCCCCUAUGUCACAGAUGAAUCUGGGAAAUACAUUGCUGCAACUCAGCGACCUGAUGGGACAUGGAGGAAGCCGAGGCGGGUGAAGGAUGGCUAUGUGCCACAAGAGGAGGUCCCUGUGUAUGAAAACAAGUAUGUCAAGUUUUUCAAGAGCAAACCAGACCUGCCCCCAGGCCUGACCCCAUCUGAUGCAGCUCCACCAAAGCAACAGCAGCAGCAGCAAAAGAUCCCCGGUUGUGGGGACAGCGAGACACCGGGUCUUUCGAAGUCUGCAAAACGCAACAUGAAACGUAAAGAAAAACGGAAGCAGCAGCAGCAGCAGGACUUGGACGGCAGCGCAGAGGUGGAAUUGGUGAGCGAAGCCGUGGAGAAUGUGUCCAUCUCUGAGAGAGGGAAGAGGGAGGCACCGAACUCCGUCUCGCCUCCCGUCGACUCUUCGGCAGCGACGGCUGAAAAAGCAAAGAAGAUAAAAAACCUGAGAAAGAAGCUGCGGCAGGUCGAGGAGCUGCAGCAGAAAGUGGACUCGGGGGAAAUAAAGCAGCCAACACAGGAUCAGCUGGAAAAGCUGGGCCGGGCAGACGCCCUUCGAGAGGAGUUAGAGCAGCUGGAGUGUGAUUCUUGAAGCAAUAAGGAACAGCGGAGGAGCAGAGACUGAACAAACUAAAUACAGAGAGACCAUAGCAGCUUCCUGUUCAUAACUCACAUACGUAUUGUACCUAUUUGAUAUUCAGAGUGAACAUGGGGAGCAAACACAGGUCAAAGGACAGGACGUCUGUGUGGCAGCCAUCACAGCUUCAUAAUGAAAAAUACUGGUUGGAUUUUUGUUGUUUUAUUUUAUUUUAGAUAAAAACACCUAAAUAACUUCCUAAAUCCUGCUUCUACAACUGUGAACCAGACCAAGCAUUUAUAAAUGUCCUUUAAACAGAUCAUCAUGACUUGUUCUGUGCAUGUCUGUUUUUUCCAGUUUGUACCUUUCAUAUAAUCAGGAAAUACUGAAGUAUAAAAUGAAAAAAAAAACAUUUGUUGAAGAGCACAUAUUAUGUUUUAUGACCUUACUUUUACAAAUGAACAUGUUAGUCAAUGACCGGCGGCCUCUUGUCAUACUAAUGUUGAGGUUACACAUUGCAUUCAUUAAAAUACACACUGCUUUAAAUGUUAAUCUCAUUUCUCUUUUGUAAAACUUUCCUUCUGGAGUGGAUGACUUGCAUAUAAUUAUGGUUGGAAGACUAGAAGUUCUAAGAAAAACAUGUUUUUAGUACAUUUUGUAUCCUUAAAAGGAUGAGGUUGGAUGUAUUU